AUGCUCGCUUCGCAAGCGGAGGCACCGACUUCGAAGACGAGCACCGGUCGGGACGCCCCCGCUCUACAGAAAAGUGCUGGCCCACACGACUCCGCUGUCAAAGAGGAUCCGGAGAUCAACACCCGCAGUCUUGCGACGAGACUCGGAUGUAGCCAUUCAACAUUCGUCAUUCGCCUCCAGGCUCUACAGAAAAGUGCUGGCUCGAUGGAUCCCUCACACGUUGACAGUAACACCCUGUUUACCCGGGUAUACAUUUAUCAAUCUCUCCUUUUUCGACCGCAUCAAAAGGAGUUUCUCAAAGAACUUAUCACUGGAAAUGAGAGUUGGCUCCUGGGCCCGAGCAAGCCAAAUCGGACCUUCACCCCAAUAUGUGUCUCCUUUGUUGCUUCUGGGAUUCAAAGGGAACACUGUUAUAUGAGCUGCUCCCACAAGGCCACACCGUCACCGGUACCAUAUAUGCUAGUUAGCUCCAGAAGCUCGCAUCCGCCGUUCGAGAAAAACGGCAGAGACGAGUUUCGGUGCGCCUCCGUGCGUGCGAUAACGCCAGGCCCCAUGUAG